AAAAAGGAACGAAAUCCAAGCGCACGAACAAAAGAGGGGGGAGAGGACAGACGGGGGGAGCGCGAGGGGAGGGCAUGGUCUCCCUCUCGUCCCGGCCCUCCCGUCUCGAGCAAAAUCUCUCUUCUUCUCUCGCUCAGCAUUGUGUCUUAGGUCAUUGAGUUAGUGAAAGGGAAGCAGGGGCUAUCAUGGGUAUCUCAUCCAAGUGGAUUAAAUCCUUGGUCGGCAUAAGGAAGCAAGAAAAAGGACACAAUGCAGAAAAGCAACAAAAGGGACAAAAUGCUGAAAGCCGUGAAACUGGGAGCUCUGCUGAUCAGUCGUUUCACGAACGGAAACAUUCUUUGGAUCCUGAAGGUGAACUUGCAGUUGGAGAUAUUCCAGUGCAAAGUGAAGCAUUGACUGAUGACAGCAAUACACAAGCGAUUUCAGAUUCGAUUUGUCCUGACAGUACAUCACUUGAUGCCCAUGUCUCUCAGGAUGAACAUGAAAGUAAAGAGGAUAUGGCAGCAACAGUUGUCCAGUCUGCUUUUCGAGCAUUCUUGGCUAGACGUGCUUUACGAGCUUUGAAAGGAAUAGUUCUACUUCAAGCCCUUAUCAGGGGUCAUGCUGUUAGAAGGCAGACAGAAGAAACACUUCAGUGUAUGCAAGCACUGGUAAAAGCCCAAGCUCGUGUCCGAGCCAGACAAGUUCGUGUUGCCUUAGAAAAUCAAGUGGCACGUAAAAAGAUUCCUGAACAAGAUGAUCAUGAAAACCAUGUCCGAGAAGUUGAGGGAGGCUGGUGUGGUAGUAUUGGUUCUAUGGAAGAAAUGCAAGCUAAGGCAUUGAAAAGGCAAGAAGCUGCUGCCAAGCGUGAGAGGGCAAUGGCAUAUGCUUUGACUCAUCAGCGGCAAGCUGGUUCCAAGCAUCAAAAAUCUACUAGUCUGCAAGGUCCCGAACUUGAUGACAACCACUGGGGGUCAAACUGGUUGGACAGGUGGAUGGCUGUACGUCCAUGGGAGAACAGAUUACUUGACAGUAAUGCCAAAGAGAGUAUGCCAACACAUAAAGAUAAGCAGGAUUUGGAAACAAAGUCUCAGAUCACGCCAAAGGGUAAAGUGCCAACAUCAAACACCCCUUCUGGUCCGAGCAAGAAGAAAGGUGCAAACCACAAAAAGUCAUAUUCAGAUGUUAGUUGUACUUCAUUUGCACGACCGGCAAAUGUAUUGCCAUCCACCUCUUUGGGAUCAUUCAAACAAAAGGCAAAGGUUACAGAUGAAGUUUUCGAGGAAGUCACCUCCCAGCCGACAGAUGUAGCUUCUAAGGCUAAGCACAAUUCGAAAGAUAAGCUUGUGCAAGCGAAUACACCAGCCAAGAACCGGUUAUCCCUGCCAAAUAACGUUGGCAGGGAAGCAGGAAAGGGACCAACUCGUAGGAAUUCGAUGAGCAGGUCUGAUCCAAAAUCACGGGCAGAUGCUGCUAAGCAAGGUGGGAAGCAAGUUGAGUUACAGGCCUGAUAACACAUUCCUGUUCUUCCAAUCUAUAAGCGGCGGUUCUUGGUGUGUUUCUCCAGCUGUGCAUGGUACAUCUGUUGUACAUAACAUUCUCAAACGACAUCCUGCAUUUAGAUUUGGGCUGUGUUUCAUAUUCCUUUGUGCAACGUCGCUGGUGUGUUGUGCCGUCUUUUCUUAUGUUUUUCUCCUUCCCUGCAAGUUCUAACAGCCGAAAGAAGGACCUGUGUUGUGCUGUGCUGUGCCCCAAAAACAAUGAUCCUUUGCUGUGUGCACCCUUCUUUUCUCUCUGAUUAAAAAAUGAUCGCAAAAAAUAUGCUCGCUUUUUA